CCCCCUGGAACGCACGCGCGCAGAGCAUUCCAAUGCAGAACAACCUACAGGGAGACGAUGACGCGCACACGCUUCCGAGCUUCCCCUACUUCGCCGUGCCGUCGCCGCCACUUGCAACGCCGAGCUUAUCAUCAGAUGAUCAGCACAGUACCCUUACAGCACUCCAGCAGCAGCAGCCUGCGGCAACGGUGGCGCCGAUGAUUCUCCCGGCGAUGGUGGACUGGUCGUCGCUGCUCCAGCAGGCCAGCUUGAUGACUCCAGCCGUGCCGUGGCAGCAAGAGGCCGUGCAGGUGGACCAGAGCGGGGAGAACGACGGAGAGGCGGGGGCCAGCGGGAGUGGUAGUAGCAAGGAGAAGGCGGCCAAGGGCAGCGGCGCCGGGAGGUCGGGGAAGAAGAAGGUGAGCAGGCCGCGGUUCGCGUUCCAGACGAGGAGCGUUAACGACAUCCUGGACGACGGCUACCGGUGGAGGAAGUACGGGCAGAAGGCCGUCAAGAACAGCGCACACCCCAGGAGCUACUAUCGGUGCACCCACCACACGUGCGGCGUGAAGAAGCAGGUGCAGCGCCUGGCCAAGGACACGAGCAUCGUGGUGACCACGUACGAGGGAGUCCAUAAUCACCCCUGCGAGAAGCUCAUGGAGGCGCUCAGCCCCAUCCUGAAGCAGCUCCAGUUUCUCUCCCAGUUCUAAUCGAAGCUCUCGAGCAUUAUAAUCCAAAGGCAGGCUUCAUGUCUAUUGUAGUAUUGUACAACGUAGAUAUAUGUACAAACCGACUCGAAGGGGGAAGAAAAGGAGUAAAAUGUGCCUACCUCCCCAAUACUACUGAUCACAUAUACGAUAUAUAUACAUGUUCUAGAAAACUGAUCCAUCAUGUGUAUAUUUACUCAGUGUACCUAUAUAUGUAUGUGACUGAACAAAUAAGCCAA